AUGCUCAAAGAAAAUGAAAUCAUCUCCAAGGUGCUCCUCACCAUCGACAAGUUCAAGGGCAACAUGGCCAGCUUCAAGUCUGCCAUCACCGACAACGAAUAUACGCCGUCCCACAAGUCUUGUUUCACUCGGACCUUGAUAUGGAAAUCCUGCCUCAUCACAGACAGCUUGAAGAUCCAGACUUGGGACUCCAAGCUCAGUGACCUGAGGGUGGUGUAUCACGAGUUGCUGAAGCGUGAGGACAUGGCAGUGCCGUGGUGGAAGCUUCCAACAGACUCCCCAUUUUACCAGAACAGAGACAUCUCCAGGAAGUCCAGCAUGAAGAGAGAGAUCACUCUGCUGCGCAGAUUGAAGAGAACCGCCUUGACUAGGGUCUCGGUGGCCGACGACCCGUUGAAGAGCCCGAGUCCCAGUAGAUCCAGAAGCCAGACUCCUACAUACGAGACUAGUGACAGUGACCUCGAAUUACUAGAAACAAUCAUAUUAGAUAUAGACAGGUUGUUUCCCGGCGAAGACUUUUUCCAUGCAUCCAACCCACUUUCAAUCACAACCAAGCAUCAAAUGAUAGAGAUUCUUUACUUAUGGGCCAAAUGUAACCCGCAGGUGGGCUAUAAGCAAGGCGCCCACGAGAUUUUGGGAUUGAUUUACAUCAACUUGUACAAGGAAGCGACCCAGGUCCCCAGUACCAACACGUUCACCGACGACGACUUGAGAAUUCUCAGUCUUUAUGAUAUUACCUAUUUACUGCAUGAUUUAUUUACUAUUUUCAACAAGUUCAUGGUCCAGAGUGGAAUAAUGGCCAGGUUUUACGAAAGUGAAGACGUCUUGUGGAAAUCUAUCGAAAGUUUCAACGUUAUGCUCAUGAAAGUGGAUCAGUUGAUCCACUACAACCUCAUCAAUAAAUUGAAGAUAGAGUCCCAGUUAUGGAUUAUCAGGUACUUGAGACUCCUACUCUCUAGAGAAUUGGGGAACGAUUUAUCCGUGUCGAUAUUCCUUUGGGACAAACUUAUUGCAUCACAGUUAUCUAACCACAACGGAAACAGCAUUACUGCGAUUCCCGAUCUCAUCAUGAUAAUGACUAUCCAGCUUUUAAUCCAGUUGAAGACAGAACUCAUUACUUGUGAUUUCGGUGAGUGUUUGUCGUUGUUGUUGCAUUAUCCUAUCUCCGCCAAGUUAGCGCACCAUUCCACCGCCAAUGACUUUAUAUUUCACCUAUAUAAAGAUGCAGUGAAGCUUUACCAGAGCAGAGAUGACGACUUGAAACUUUAUGAGCUUGGAAUUAAGCUCAACAACACCUACAACCCGAAUUUGAAGAUCACCAUGAGCUACACUGGAAGUGCUAAAAACAGCCAGGAUUCAUCUCGUGCUGCAUCGCCCCGUCCAUCCACCGAUUCUAAGGCUGAAAAAUUGAAGUUCGAGAAGUACAGGCUAGAGAUGAGACUAAAGAAGAAGGCCCAGCUGAUGAUCAACAACACUGAUUCAUAG